AAAAAAUACUUGGGUUUGUUGAAAAGCCUCCCCCCAAUUAGUUUGGAGGUGGGAAAUUGGAGUUUUUGAAAUGGGUAUAAUUGCGGAGAUUGAAGGACAUGAUGAUCAAGAGAUGAUGGAGAAUUACAAGAAGGCCGGUUUUGAAGAUCAAGAGGAGAAUAAUGAUGAUGAUGUUGUAGUAUCAAUAGAAAAAAUGUUCAUGAAACUACCUCCAAUCAAUCCAAAAUGUUUCAUUUAUCAAGUUCCAGAAUUACACCGCAAGAUGAAUGACAUUGCCUAUACGCCUCAACUUAUUUCAAUUGGCCCUUUACACCAUGGCCAACAACAAUACAAAGCUGCAGAACAAUACAAGGUUUAUGCUCUCAAAAGAUACCUAUCUCGUAUAAACAUGACAGUUGGUGAGGCCAUGGAUAUUGCUGGAAGAUGGGAGGAAACAGCUCGUAAUUGCUAUGCAAAUCCCAUUGACAUGAAUAGAGAGGAGUUUGUGAAAAUGAUGCUCUUAGAUAGUUGUUUCAUAUUGGAGUUCAUGAACUCAACAGUUUGUCGUCUGAGAUAUUGGGGUCAAAAUGAGGAUCAUUGGAUGAAUGACACACUCCUUUGUGGUCUAUUGUUUGGUUUAAAACGCGACUUAUCUAUGUUCGAGAAUCAACUUCCUUUCUUCCCUCUCCAAGAAUUAUUUUACCUAUCAUUUAAUCGUCAAAAUGUUACCAAUCCUCCAUCACCUAUCAUCUUCUUGACAUCAAUGGCACACUUGUUUAUAGCGACAACGGGAGGAUAUCAGCUUCGUUGUAAUGUGCUAGACGAUACACAUAAGGUAAGACACUUGGUGGAUUUGUUAAGAUUUUACUACAUCCCCUCACCUGAUACAGAGGAGUACAAGAGUUAUGAGGCAGAAAAAAGUAGCUAUAUUAAUACACCAACUAUAAGUGAGCUUUGUGAGGCUGGUGUCCAGAUACAAAGAGCAGAUGAUGCGAAGAGUUUGUUGGAUUUCAACUUUAAAGAUGGGGUUUUGAAAAUCCCACCUUUCAACAUUCAUAUUGAAUUCGAAAUACAAAUUCGAAACUUGAUUGUAUCCGAGAUCUUUCAUGACACGGAUGAUUCGAAGUUUAUAUUUGAUUAUAUUGCAUUGUUAGACGACUUGAUUAACACUGAGAAAGACGUGAGUAUCCUUGUAAAGGAGAAAAUUUUAACCAACGAAAUUGGUGGAAGUGAUGAACCAGUUUAUAAAUUAAUUAAUGAUCUACGUCUAAAUGCUCCGACCUUUCCACUUGCAUAUUACUACUCCAAUAUGAGCAAAGAUUUAAACGAGCAUUGCAGGAAAUGGUGGAAUCGAUCAUUAGCUUCACUAAGACGUGACUAUUUCAACAAUCCUUGGGCUUCCAUCUCCUUUGUUGCAGCUACUGUCCUGCUUAUCCUUACUUUACUUCAAACCUUAUUCUCUGCUCCAGCUUUUUUCCAUUAAUAAUGUAAAUUUGAUGUUUUCUCUUCUUUUCUACAUUGCUCUUCCUCUUGUAUUCUUAAUUUUUUAUAUAUGAUAUCUUUGUUAUUUA